UGCAGAAGUUCUGGAUGGACGCAGUCUGUGGAGACACAACAAACUACAAAGCUGUCAUAUCCUAUGAAUGUAUAUCCGACGCCCCCAUUGAUGUCUGCAACAAUGUGACACAACUCUCCAAGCAGAACGUCAACAGACUCUAUCUUGCCUCACCCAAUUAUCCAAGUGGUACAAACUUAUCUCCUGGUACAUGCUCGUGUGACGUCACAGGGGGUAACAUGAGCGUGACUAUCCUUGAAUACUUCUUCCUUCCGGCGAAUGGCGUGAAAGCCAAUUUGACUCUGACUGGAGACACUUCCACUUGGGAGUCUUUUACAGCGGGAAUGAUUGCCUACAACAGUUUAGUCAUGAACAGCACAGACAGUCUGAAGAUAGUCUUUGACGCAAUACCAACUUCACAAAAGAAAAAAGAAGUCAUGUGGUUAAAAGUAGAAGGUUCACCUGUAAUACACAUAGCAUGCAAUGGAAGUCCACCCCCGCCCUCCAUCAUUCCAGCUACUACGGACAGGACAACCCACGAUACAGGUUCUCUCUCCUCCCUCACCACUUCUAACACCACUGUAGCUGUAGCUAGUACCUCGCCGGGCAGAACACAGGGACAACCAGGUGACAGUGACUUUGUUUUGAUGGUUGUGUCCAGUGUUUGUGGCAUGGUCAUCGUGCUUCUACUGGUCAUUGUAGUCGCACUCUUCCUCUACUUCAAAGUUCUGAAACCUUUGAGGAAUUCUUCAUCAUCACCAGAUGAGACAAACGAGGAGCCCACCUGCACACAGUAUGACAACGUGAUGCAACCACGUGACCACAUGGAGUCCCCUGUACCCAGCGGUGAUGUGGCAGACACGCAAAGUACCCCGGGUAUCUACAGCGGGCUGAGUCCCUACACCAACCUGGAUCACGAGUACGGGAAACUGCAUGUGUAUAGUCUUGUAGGUUCUGAGACGACAACCAGAGCUGAGGACAGUGUGUAAUUGAGAGUGAAUACCAGCAAUAUUGCAUCUGUAUCAAGGCGAAGGUUAUGUUGCAAUAGAUAUCUUUCCAUAAUC